AUGAAAUCACACUCAAAGCGGGUCCUCUCAGAUGAUGGAGUGCUCUUUCUUGUGGAGGCCUUUCAAGAGGAGAUUGAUAGUCUCUUAUCAGUGCCAACCAGCGGCAACGUGGACGCCAACUUUGAUGAGGAACAGAUCCGCCUGCUCUGUCAGCAAAGCUCUCUCCUUCUCAACUUGUCAUCAAGUGAACCGUACAGCGAACUGAUCAGACAACAUUCCCAAAAUCUGAUAGCGGCACUAGUGAAACUGCUAAAGAGUCUUCAACUGUGGAGCCGAAACAAUCCCGACUCGGUGUUUGCCUUUCGAGGGCGGCUGAAAGACGUCGACUUGAACGCUGAAUCGUCAUCGAAUCCCGCCUACGGCUUCAAGCGAGACACCAUCGGUCUGAUUGCCAACAUCAUCUGCCGCAAUCGAGCCGCCCAGGACUACCUGCGCACCUCAGAUGGCCUGGCGGCGCUUUUGGACUGCGCCAAAAUUGACGCCCGCAACCCGUUCAUUCUGCAGUGGUCCAUCUUUGCGAUUCACAAUGCACUGGAGUGCAAUGAGGAGAACCAGCAGUACGUGGCGCAGAUGAAGAACCAGGGCGUCCUUCAGGAUGAUGAACUAGUCGACCGGAUACAGAAAGACCGUCAGCCCAGAAAGCCUUCAGAGGAUGAGCUCUGA